AUGACAGCAGACACAUUCACUGGCUACGCUGCAUUGGAACCUUUGAACGUUGCAGCUAACAAGACCAAGCUCGAAAAGUUCUCAUUCAACGCACGACCUCUUGAUGCUGACGAAGUGGAAGUACUCGUUUCUGCAUGUGGCAUCUGUGGCACUGAUAUUCACCAGUUGACUGAUGGUUGGGGUCGUGCUACUUUUCCUCUUGUUCCAGGUCAUGAGUUUAUUGGCCCAGUAACCGCUGUUGGUGAUGCAGUGACCGAACUCAAGGUGGGCGAUCGUGUAGGUGUCAGCCCCGUCUCUAGAUCUUGUGGUACGUGCGUCGAAUGUACAUCCUCCCAUGGUCAACUUUGCCCCACAAGAGUGCCAACCUACUGUGGUGUCUACAAGGGUUAUCCUACUUAUGGCGGCUAUGCUAACAAGGUGCGUUUGCAAGCAUCUUGGGCUGUCAAGAUUCCUGAAAAUAUCCCGGAUGAGGAAGGUGCCCCUUUAUUGUGUGCUGGUAUCACUACAUUUGCUCCAUUCAAGCAUGAGAACAUCAACGAGAACUCAACCGUGGGAGUUGUUGCUAUUGGAGGAUUGGGCCAUCUUGCUCUUCAAUGGGCACGUGCGAAGAAUUGUAAGCGUGUGAUCGCCGUAUCAAGUUCGAAGGCCAAGGCUGCUGAAGCAACUGAGCUAGGAGCUACCGAUUUUAUUGCUCUUCAAGAUGGCAUUCCCAAGGAGUAUGUGAAAUCGGUGGACUAUUUGUUAGUAUGUGGAUCUGGCAAAUCCACGGAUUGGAAUCAGUUGAUCACGCUUAUCAAGAACCAUGGCAAAUUGAUCCUUAUUGACGUACCUGAGCAACCACUUUCCAUAUCACCUACGCUUUUGGUUUACAGCCACAUUAGCAUUGUUGGUACUUUUGUUGGCAGUAAUGAUGAUCUCAAGGAGAUGCUUGCAUUGGCCAGCGAGAAAGGAGUUCGACCAUGGAUUCAAAAAGUGGGUAAUUCAUUGGAUGAAGUGAAUCGAGGUAUCCAGACUGUAUUGGAUGGCAAGGCUCGUUACCGUGUGGUGAUUUGUGGUCAAGGAAGAGAAUCAAAUUAG